AUGCUUUGUGAUUUGCUCAUUCUCUACAUCUUGUCCGUGUGCAAUUGUGCUUUUCCUCAACUCAACGAGGUCCGGCCGACUAGGUUUGUGGAUUUGGACGAGGAAGAAGCAAACAGCCAGAUUAAUCUCUCGAAUGUCACUUUUUACACCAUCGAAGAGCGCGAGUCGCUCACGCCACAGCUUUUGGAGUCCUUGUUCUACCACAACCCCAAGACGGUCAUCUACAUCGAGGACUCAAACACAACGAUUGUACCCAUCGACGACGUGCUAAAGUCGACCGACGCGCGCAAAUUCAAGCACUUGGAAUACGUUGAAGUCAAGCACAACUUCUUGGAGCCCCACUACAAAUACAUCCCCAUCUCGCCCUGCAUCUCGAGCAGGGCAUUUGGGUUGGAAGGGCCCUUGAUGGGCAUAGCCACCACUUAUCGAGUCGGCUUGUCGGCGCGCUUCAGCGGCAGCACGGGGAUCACCACCAACUUUGGAUACCUCAUCAACACUACGACCAUUGGGUUCACGUUGAUGGCUGGGACCAAGGUCAAGUUGGCCAGCGAGCGCGCGGUGGAUUCGUUUGCCGCGUGUUAUCUGACGCAAGAAGAGGCCGCGCGCUUGUUUGGCUAUGUCCCUAUAUGGACCACGGCGUUGAUCACGAGGAAAAUCAUAUACAGGUUCUGGCGAAAUCGACCCGUAUCCGCAUCCGCAGCCAGCACCACCAAUGGUUAUUUCAACUCGGACAUAAAUAGUGACCCGAGACCGCGCUCACGGGUCGUGAUUAGCUCGGUUUGGAAACCGUCGAAACCCAGGUCGUUGAUUGGUAAAGGUCCCGUUACCAUGGUGUGUGAUGUGGGCACUCGCAAACAUCUACAAUGUGGGCUGAACAAGGGAAAAAUCAUCGAUGAGUAUGGCAACAAUAUAUUCUGGUCAAAUGAGCAGUAA